AUGGAGGUUCCAACAACACUGGAAUAUUUAUCAAAGCUAAAGAUGUUUCAACUAAAGGCGAUCAUCCAAGACAAGAUGUCAGCUAAAGAGUUUGCAAAGUUGAAAAUGCCAAAGUCAAAGGCUAUGCUCAUCAACAUCAUCGAGAAACAUGGACUUGUUAAAUCAAAGAAAAUCAUUCAAAAGAAGAAACCUGCUCCUGUGGUCAUCAAUGUGGAUACUAGUGAUAGUGAUAGUGAUAGUGAUGAGGAAAAACAAAACAAAUCAAAGAAUGAUGAUGAUGAUGGCACAUCAUCAUCUGAAGAAGACGACGACAAACCAAUUCAAAGAAAGAGAGUGACAAUAUUACCAAAAUCAGCAACUGCAAAGAAAAGACCAUUGGUUAAAAAGCAACAACAACCUCAACCACAAUCAGAUUCAUCAGACGAGGAAGAAGAAGAGGAGAAACCAAAAAAGAAACAAGUUCCAACAACUACAUCUAAAACAACCAUCACCAAGAAACAACCAACCAAAAAGGAGACAACACCACCAACAUCAGAUGAAGAGGAAGAGGAGGAAAAGAAAGAGGAGGAAGAAGAACCAAAAGUGACAAGAGAAAUGUUGGAAAAUAUGACUGUGAUUACUCUCAAAGCCAAGUAUUACAAAGGUGUCCCAAGCACAAAGAUACCACCAAGAAAAGCACUCAUGGUUGAACAUAUUUGUAAACAACUUGGAAUUGACAAGGAUGAUCAAGAAGAUGAAUCAGAAUCAGAAUCAGAGUCUGAAUCACAACAAUCAGAUACUGAAUCUGAAUCAGCAUCUGCAUCUGGAUCAGUGUCUAUUGGAUCAGACCCUGAAUCAGAGUCAGAGUCUGAACAAGUCCAACCAAAAGUAGUCAUCUUUGACGAAAGUGAUGAAUUGCCAACCAACAUUAGUCAACUUCAAAUUGGUGAUGAAGAAGAAGAGGAUGAUAGUGAAACAACUGAAGAGGAAUUGGAUAUUCAACAAGAGGUAGUGGUCGUGGAAAAUAUUUCCCAAAAAGAAAUUGUACAAACACCUCAAAAGAUGGAACAUCAACAACAAGUGGAAGAAUCAGAGGAAUCUGAAAAAGGAGAGGGAGAAUUAUCAGAUGAUGAAUCAUCAACAACAAAGAAUAUAAAGAGACAAAAGAAACAUGAAAAGACACCAUCAAAGAUAAUGUCAGUCAUUACAAAGACUGCAACACCUUUGAAACCACGUGGUGAUGAAGAUGUUAGAAAGAAAUUGGAGCAUUUAGUCAUUGCUGAUAAUCAUCAACAACAACAGACUACUCAAGCAGCUAACUACUUGUUACCAAUCGAUCCAAAUCAAAUACAUCAAGGUACUUUACCAAGGGAUUUGGAAGACAAGAUAUUGUUAAUGUUGCUUCAAGACACUAAUAAUAGAAGGGGGCGUGGAGGUAGAUUUGUGGCGUACCAUUCGUUUAUGUGGAGUUUGGCAUUGGUCAGUCGCCAAUGGUUCAACACAGUGUCGAGUACCAUCACUCAUCUCGACUAUACACCUGCCAUCCCACUGCCAUAUGUCAGACGUGCCAUUGGAGGUGAAGCUGCUGAAAACAUGCGUUGUCAACUGGUCAAGCGUAUCGAGUCGGUAGAUCUCAGGGCAUUCCUUCCCCACAACGAGGUCGACACCAAGACCAAGUUUUUGUCACUCGUAGAGCUUGGUUCAGACGAUGAAGGUGAUUCGUCAGAUGAAGAGGAUGACUAUGAAGAUGAAGAAGAAGAAGAAGAUAGUGACAGUGACGACGAGUACUAUUAUGAGGUACAAGACGAUGAUGAAGUCAACUCGGAAUUACAUAAAGAUAUUCAAGAUGACUCUGACAAUGAAGAAGAUGAAGAAGAGAUGGCAGCUAGAAUUAAAAAGGAAAAAUACAUUGCCGAAAACAAGUCCAUCAAGAAACUGGCCAUCAACAAUCUCGGUGCUGAUCCCAAAGGUGAUGACACUUAUGUUCGUUGCAUCUCUGCCACCGUCUUUGACUCUGUCUUUUUCGCCAACCGUACCAUCACUACACUCUCUAUCAACGUCUCUUAUAUCACUCCAAAGUUUUUCGACUCUUUUAAAACAAAUGUUGAAAAUUAUAACAAAUCUCUUAAAUCUUUGGAACUUAUUGGUUUAGUUGGAAAAGAAUUACUUGUUAAAUUAUUUGAAAUGGUUGAAACGAAUCCAGUCAAUUUGGUAGAGUUGAAUUUCUCGACUGAUCCACAAACCAACCUUUCAGAUUUAAAGUAUACUAUGGAAUUGGCAUUUACAGGUAAUACCAAUCUAAAGACAUUGUGUAUGGGUGGAGGAAACCAAGAGUUUUAUCAACCAAUCAUUGAAGGUGUAUCAUGUAGUGAUUCCAUCACAUCACUCUACAUUAACAAAUAUUUUAUCGAAUAUUUGCCAACACUAGAGUUUAUGCAAGAAUAUCUUAAAACUACAAAGACACUUCAAUAUUUGAACAAACAUCAUAUUCGUGAUAUUCCAAAUUUCCCAAAAUCUAAAUCAUCUCUAUAA